AUGUCCUUCCUCGGUGGCGCUGAGUGCUCGACGGCGGGAAACCCAUUAACGCAGUUCACUAAGCAUGUCCAAGAUGACAAGUCCCUGCAACGGGACCGUCUCGUCGGGAGAGGUCCCGGUGGCAUGCAGGAGGGCAUGCGGUCGACGGGGAUAAUGGGUGGUCAAGAUCAGAUGAUGGAUGAAUUCGCCCAACAGCCCGGACAAUUGCCCGGAGGCCCUCCGCAGCCCUUCGCGAUGGAACAUCUCCGACGCGAGUUAGAUCACUUCCAGACCACUCCGCCUCGAACGGGCUCACCCGGUUGGGCCGCGGAAUUCGACGCCGGAGAGCACGCUCGCAUGGAGGCUGCCUUUGCCGGCCCUAAGGGCCCUAUGAUGAACAACAACUCGGGAUUUACACCGGCGGAGUUUGCCCGCUUCCAGCAGCCUCAGACGUCGAGUCCCGUUACCGCGGGCCCUUCUCCGAUGAUGGGUGGCUAUCAGCGUCCGAUGGGAGGUAUGGGAUACAUGGGGAUGAGUGGAAUGGGGAUGAUGAGGCCCUCGUACGGCCCGAUGGGCAUGCAACAGCCGCAGCAGCCGGGCGAGGCCAUGACCCAAGAUAAGGGUAAAGGGCGCAUGGUCGAGCUGGACGACGAGAAUUGGGAGGCGCAGUUCGCGGAGAUGGAGACCGCGGGUAACCAGAAAAUGGACAACGAGGCUAAUGAUGCUAUCGAGGCGGAGCUGAACGAUCUUGACAGGUCAGUCCCAGUUCCUUCAGAUUGUGGUGAUUUUGAGCGCAUAUGGGAAAAAGUUCAGGCUGAGACGGCAGCAAGCAGAAAACUGGCAGAGGAAAACACAGACUUUAACGUGAACGAGAAUCUUCACAUGGGCGAUCUCGGCGAGUGGGAUAGCUUUGACACGCUCAACACCCGGUUCCGUGACCCUCAACUCGGCGACUACAUGUUCGAGGAGGAUAAUGUGUUCCGAAGUGUGAACAAUCCUUUCGAGGAGGGUGUGAAGAUCAUGCGUGAGGGCGGUAAUUUGUCGCUGGCCGCUCUCGCCUUCGAGGCUGCUGUACAGAAGGACCCCCAGCAUGUGCAAGCCUGGACGAUGCUGGGAUCUGCCCAGGCCCAGAAUGAAAAGGAACUUCCUGCCAUCCGUGCUCUGGAACAGGCGCUGAAGAUCGACGAACACAACCUGGACGCUCUCAUGGGACUGGCUGUCUCCUACACCAACGAAGGCUACGACUCAACGGCCUAUCGAACCCUCGAGCGCUGGCUUUCCGCCAAAUACCCCCAGAUUAUCAACCCCAAGGAUGUUUCCUCCGACGCAGACCUGGGAUUCACGGAUCGCCAGAUCCUCCAUGACCGAGUCACCGAUCUGUUCAUCCAGGCAGCUCAGCUGUCACCAUCAGGAGAGCAAAUGGAUCCCGACGUCCAAGUCGGCCUGGGUGUCCUCUUCUACUGUGCCGAGGAGUACGACAAGGCUGUGGACUGUUUCUCUGCCGCACUUGCAUCCACCGAAUCCGGAACCACAAACCAACAGGAGCAGCUGCACCUCCUAUGGAACCGUCUUGGAGCCACGCUUGCCAACUCAGGCCGCUCCGAAGAAGCCAUCGAGGCCUACGAACAAGCCCUCAACAUCAACCCUAACUUCGUGCGUGCCCGCUACAACCUCGGCGUAUCGUGCAUCAACAUCGGCUGCUAUCCCGAAGCCGCACAGCAUCUGCUGGGCGCCUUAUCCAUGCAUCGCGUGGUUGAGCAGGAGGGCCGGGAGCGUGCGCGGGAAAUCGUCGGCGGUGGAGAAGGUGGCAUCGAUGACGAGCAGCUGGAGCGCAUGCUUCAUGUCACCCAGAACCAGAGCACUAAUCUGUACGACACGCUACGGCGAGUCUUUAGCCAGAUGGGACGUCGGGAUUUGGCUGAUAUGGUGGUGGCUGGAAUGGAUGUGAACGUCUUCCGGAAAGAGUUCGAAUUUUAA